AAGCAGGGGAGGGGGCGGAGAGAUGCAAAUCAUGAUGCCUUUUCCUGUUGUGCCAUUGGGCGGAGCUCCACACUGGCUUCCCCUAGAGAAGCAGCAACUCUUGGAGCAGUAGCCGGGCAGCAGGGGAAAUUCGGGUCUGGCUGCAGAUCUGGCAGGAGAGGAGCUUGAACAAAAGCUGUGCACAAAGCAUGUUUUAAAGUGGCUCAUUGGACACGGACCCCAUGCAAGGACGUCAUGCAGGAAGAUCCUGAGAAUGCUGCCAGGUUAGAUCCAGAUCCCCAAUUCUUCUCAGUUCACUCCCAAAGAGGCGGUGAGGCGCAAGAUUUUUCCACAGACCGUUCGGAGGAACUGGAUCAUCUGCGGGACGAUGAGAGCACUUCCAGGUGCUGUGCAGAGGAAGCCAUCUUUAAUCUCCAGCGGCAACGAGAGAUGUUCUGUGAAGACCAGUUAUUAGAGGCAGUGGGGAGUUCUGCUCCUUGCUGGGGAGGCUUGGAGGACCUCACUGGCCAAGAGAGACAGGCCAAGAAUGGCGAAGGCCUCUGCUGGAGGUCAGACUUUGUGAUUAGACGGAGAAUCCCUAAGAAACAAGACAAGCCUUACAAAUGCUCCGAGUGUGGGAAAAGUUUCAGUGUGAGUUCAGACAUUAUCCGCCAUCAGAGAAUCCACACUGGGGAGAAGCCAUACAAAUGCCUGACGUGCGGGAAAGGGUUCAACCAGAAUUCCCACCUAGUCGCUCAUCAGAGAACCCAUACAGGGGAGAAGCCAUAUAAAUGCUGGGAGUGCGGGAAAAGCUUUAGCCUGAGUUCAGAUUUUACCAGGCACCAAAGAAUCCACACAGGGGCGAAACCGUAUAAGUGCUCAGAGUGUGGGAAAGGUUUCAUUCAGAAAUCACACUACAUUACACAUACAAGAAACCAUACCGGGGAAAAUCCAUAUCAGUGCCCAGAGUGUGGUAGAGGUUUCACAUCCAGCACACUGCUCAUCAGACAUCAGAGAAUCCACACCGGGGAAAAGCCGUUCAAAUGCUCCUAUUGUGACAAAAGGUUCUGUGCCAGCUCAAACCUCGUCACACACAUGAGAACACAUACUGGAGAAAAGCCAUUCAAAUGCCUGGAGUGUGGGAAGAGCUUCAGUCAGAAAUCCACCCUGAUCGCGCAUGAGAGAACACACACGGGCGAGAAACCCUACAAAUGCUGGUGCAGUAAAAUGUUCAGCAAGAGCUCAGACCUUCUUGCCCACGAGAGAACCCACACGGGAGAGAAACCCUACAUUUGCCCCAGCUGUGGCAAAAACUUCCGGAUGAGUUCUCAUCUAAUCAGACACCAGCGGAUUCACACGGGAGAGAAACCGUACAAGUGUUCAGAGUGCGGGCGGAGCUUUAGUGCCAGUUCGCACCUUAUCAGACAUCAUAAAAUCCACACGGGGGAAAACUGAAGAACUACAAAACUGGAGGGUUGCAGAAAUCCUGCUCUUGACACAAGAGGUGAUGCAAUCUUGUACACUUCCUUGGAUGCUAAUUGCUUUAGAACCAGGGAGACGUCUAAUAAAUUUGUUUUGGAUGGCUUUCUUCUGGAA